UGAUUAACACAAACACAACAAUUAUCUAAAUCCAUAGAUCAAAAGAAAAAUGGAAGGCACAAAAAAAUGUCCUGCAAAUUAUGUUCCUCUAACACCCAUAAGCUUCUUGAAAAGAGCUGCCAUUGUGUACAGAGACAGAGUCUCUAUUGUGUACGGUGAAAACGUGAAAUUUACGUGGUCACAGACUCUUCAGAGGUGCACUCAACUUGCUUCUGCUCUCUCUCUGCUCGGCGUUUCACGCGGUGAUGUGGUGGCUGGUUUGGGCCCGAACACUCCUGCUAUGAUUGAGCUGCAUUUCGCAGUUCCUAUGGCAGGAGCCGUUCUUUCUACACUCAAUACUCGUCUUGACGCGGAUACAAUUGCAGCAUUACUGAAACAAUCUGGCGCCAAGGUCAUAUUCGUGGAUUACCAAUUCCUCGAUUUCGCCAAAGGAGUACUGGACACUCUGUCGAAGACAGCCACUCAGCUGCCUCAUCUCGUGGCCAUCUAUGACACUUAUAAGCCAUCUAAUAAGCCAGUCACAUCGGAGUACGAGUCUCUUCUGGCAACAGGGAGUGUGGACUUUGAGUUAAGGCUCCCGCGUGACGAAUGUGAUGCUAUUUCGAUUAGUUACACUUCAGGGACCACAGCCACGCCGAAAGGCGUGGUGUAUAGCCACAGAGGCGCCUAUCUCAAUGCUCUGGCUGCUACGAUUCUUACGGAAAUGUCUGCUAUGCCUGUGUACUUGUGGUCGGUUCCGAUGUUUCAUUGUAACGGGUGGUGCCUCGCGUGGGGCGUGGCUGCUCUAGGCGGGACUAAUGUUUGUCUUAGAGAUGCGACCGCGAAGGUUAUUUUUGACAGCAUUGUCACGCACCGUGUCACGGAUAUGGGAGGCGCGCCAGCUGUGCUGAACAUGAUUGCGAAUGCCCCGAGUGAGGAGAGGAAGGCUUUUCCAGGGAAGGUGAGGGUCUUGACAGGAGGCGCGCCCCCGCCUCCUCAGGUGAUUUUAAAGAUUGAGGAGCUGGGGUUCUUGGUGACUCAUGCAUAUGGUCAGACGGAAACCUAUGGCGCUGCCACGGUUUGCUACUGGAAGCCGGAGUGGAAUGCCAUGCCUCCUGAGGCCGGGGCCAGGAUGAAGUCUCGUCAAGGAGUGCAGCAUACUGGCUUGGAAGAAGUUGAUGUCAAGGAUCCUGAUACUAUGAAGAGUGUGCCUGCAGAUGGAAAAACACUAGGUGAAGUCAUGUACAGAGGCAACACGGUGAUGAAUGGAUACUUCAAGAACCGCGAGGCGACAGAGGAUGCCUUCAAGGAUGGGUGGUUUCGGAGUGGUGACCUGGGGGUGAAGCACGAAGACGGAUAUAUUGAAAUCAAGGAUCGGUCUCAGGACAUAAUUAUUUCUGGAGGGGAGAAUAUAAGCACAAUAGAGGUGGAAGAUGUGCUUUUCAGUCAUCCAGCCGUUUUCGAAGCAGCUAUUGUGGGAAGGCCUGAUACUCUUUGGGGAGAGACGCCUUGUGCAUUUGUCAAGCUCAAGGAUGGGUGUGAUGUGAGUGAUGAUGAGAUUAUCAGCUAUUGUCGGAGCCGCUUGCCUCAGUACAUGGCUCCUCGUACUGUGGUUUUCGAGGAUCUGCCCAAGACUUCCACAGGAAAGACACACAAGUACGUGCUCAGGCAAAAGGCCAGAGCUAUGGGAAACCUGGCAACCAGCAUACCUAGCAGAUUAUAAGUUCCUGUAUGAAAUUUACCUGCAAUCUAGAACAAUUUAUGACUGUCAUUUCAUUUGGCAGCAAAUAAUUGGUAUCCAUAUUAUGCAUUGUGGUUUUAACCAUCAUCUUUCUUUAUUCUAUCAUAAUGUAUGUUGUCGGAGAAUUAAAGCUCUCUGAAAUAACAUGGGCUUGGAUUUGGAAUUGCA